AUGGGUAACAUUUUUUCUUUAAAGUCUCUUAUCGUAGCUAAAACAGAACAAAAAAAUUCUUGUGACAACAAAACAAUCGAUUUCGACGGGAAAAAGUUUCAUCAGUUUGUGAGCGAAUCUUGUACUGAACUUAGAUUUAAAAAUAACUCCAAGGAGAGACAAAUAGAACAAGGUGUACAUGUGACGUUUAUACAACCAGUACCUGAAUUCACUAUAGAAACUUAUAUGAAACAUAUUACUACAAAAUCUCAAGUUAAAGUAUUUAUUAAUGUAUGUUACAGUGAUGAUAUUGAUAAAAUUACUUGUACAUUUGAUGGCGACAAUGACUAUUGGUCUAUUUUUCACACUGAUUUUGUACUUCCGACCAAAGUCAAAGAUCAUUUCAAACAUUUUGUUAGAGAUGUAGCUCUUAAAUCUAUCGAAGAUAAUUUUAAUGUAUUUUUAGAUAGGAGUAAUCUAAAAUACUCGAAAAAAUGUUUUAAUUUUAUCAUGAAACCAAUAGAAACUAGAUUAAAACUUCACCACUUGAAAAGUGUUCAAAAGCCCCUUGUUAGCUCUGCUACUUCAACUCGCCAAGAUAAUUUUACACAAACAGUCGACUUAAAUGAUUUUAAAGAAAAGUCAGUGAUUAAUACGCCAGUAUUUGAAAUGAAUUAUUGUUUAGGUGCCAAUAUUCAAACUAUGAAUAGGGAAAUAUUUAGUAAUAUAUCUUAUUCAAAUCCAGAUGAAAUCAUUAUUGAAAUUGUUUUGCCAUUAUUGGAAAAUUCAGAAAAUAUUGAUCUAAAAAUUUUAAAUAAUGUUCUUAAACUAGUAUCCAAAAAUCCAGCAUGUUAUAAGUUAAAUAUUGACUUGCCUUAUACUGUUUCAGUGGAAAAAUGUAACGGAUUAUUUGAUACUGAUACGAAAAAGCUUGUCAUACGACUACCUGUCUUAAGUAAUCAGUCAUUAAAAAAUGACGAUGGCACAAAUGCUAUAGUUACCAAUUGGAGUGAAAAAUCAAAAAUAGAAAGCACUAAGAAAAAUAACAAUAUCGAAAAUUCUAAAAAAUCUGAAAGUGAAAUUAACAGAAAUGAAUCAUUAUUGAAAUACAUUGAAAAACAAAAUAAAGACUCUGGUGAUAAAAUUGUGAUAAACUACAAAGAAAAUAAUCUUUUGGGCAUUAAUAUUGGUUCUAGUGAAAUUGUUAUUGAAAGUUCUGAAAGUGACACAAGACUGACAAAAAGUUAUUUAGAAAAUGAACCUACUAAAAAUUCAGAUACCAAAACUAAGACACCAUAUAAUUUUUCUACUGUAUCUAAUUCAGCCACUAAACAAGGAAUUCUUAAAAAAAAUGCAAAUUAUAAUGAUAAUUUAGCAAAAAAUAUAGCCAAUAUUAGAUUAAUGGGUACAUAUCAAGAGAAGUCUGUACGAUUUCAUAAAAAUAUUGAAGUGAAACACUUUAAGUAUGUUUUAAUUUGA